UGGUGUCAGGGUGCUGUACUACAGGGGGAGCAGCCUCUGGUGCCUUGUUAUAGUGCAGCUGGAGCAGCCUGUGGUGCUGCAUUAUGGGCUGUGUAGCAGGGGUGAGGAUAUAGGGCAGCACACCCCUCUACAAUCCAGCUGUGAGGAGCGAGAGGUGUUAUUACAAGGAGCACUCAGAAUGGAAAAUGACAAGAAUGACCAGACUGAUAGGAUAAUAAAUCUCACACUGGAAAUAAUCUACCUGCUGACUGGGGAGGGUUACACAGUAGUGAAGAAGACAUCCAUUGAGUGUGAAACAUCCAUCAGCCAUCUGUGUGUGUCAGGAGGACUGAGCAGGACCCAAAGCCUCGUCACGGUGCCUCCACCUCACUCACUGAUACAUGAGCGGCACAAUGACCUGAAGAUCCUGGAUCUCACCAACAAGAUCAUUCAGCUGCUGACUGGAGAGGGGACUGCUGGGAAUGGGACAUUGUACAGUGAUCAGCAGUGUAAGGAGGAUGAAAUCCCUACAGAUAUCAGCACAGAUACAGAAACCGCUGCACUCCAGCCAGACACGCAGCAGCACUACAGGGACUGAAAACUGAAGGAGUCAGAUACUAAAGGUGA